UAAUUACAGAGUGAAGCCAACGAUAAGUCCCACCUCCCACCCCCACUUCCACCCCACCCCCUCUCAUAGAGUGAGGAUUUCUGAGCCUAAAAAUGGCGAAGGACACUUUUAGAUAUGAAAUUUACUCUUUAAGGAUUUCGUUGUCUGGGGUGUUAGGUCCUCAUUUGAUAGCUGAUGCAAGUUGUUUGUUCUUGUAGUGUUGUUUGUUCUGCUACUUUUCGAUCUAGCUGUUAGUUUGUUCAAUUUCUUCAGAUCCGAACGGUGUUUGUUUUCAUUGGCGUCAAGUGAUGUUGGACUUGGCAAAGCUACUGUUCUUCCCGUGUUGUGCUAGGGUAUCAAAGAGGGGCCAAUCUUUGAAGCCGAAGCAUUUAACCAUUCUAUUUUAUGUCUUGUGCAUCACUAAUGCUGAGUUGCCUGAUAAGCCAUUUGAGCAACAACCUGUUUCUCCAGUCAAUAAACCUGUUGAAGCACCUGGCAUACCUGAUCUGCCCCUGCCGGCGAAUGUACCUGGUUUUCAUAGACAGCAUAGGAAACAUUCUCCUCAUGGUGCGCCAUGGCUUAGGCUAGCUCCAGCUCAGCCUCCUGAUUAUGGUCCUUUAGUAACUGCUGCGCACGCUCCUUCCAGUUCCAGCUUAUCGAAGCCAUCAAUGAAGAAAAAUGGAUUGGUGCCUCCUAGUGCUGGCCUUGCACCCCCGCAAUCCAGUCCUAGUACUCUACCCACUGGUUUGGCUCAGCCACCACUUUCUCCUCACACUUCCAACUGUUGUGGACAAGAUAUGGUGCUCAAACGAGGAAGCCUGGACUGCGAGUGUGUUUACCCGUUAAAGAUCGACCUUCUUCUCUUUAAUGUCUCAUCAAAUCCUAAUGGGAAACUUUUUCUAAAUGAAUUUGCUUCACAGUUAGGUUUAAAGGUGUCUCAAAUUGAGCUGAUUAACUUUUAUAUGGUGGAUCUUUCAAAGCUAAAUAUAUCCAUGGAUAUCACACCAGACAAGGGAGUUAGCUUAUCAUCUGAUGAAGCUUCUGCGGUAAACGCUUCAUUAUCAAUGCAUAAGAUCCAACUAGACCCAACACUAGUGGGUGGAUACCAAUUACUCAACAUUACCUUGUUUAAGCCACCAGUUUCAUCACAAGCUCCUCGUUCUGCUAUGUCACCAGUUGAAGCAGCUCCGAAUCUGCCUUCAGCUCCUGCAGUAACAGUAUCUUCACACAAAGGGAGACAUCCGAGUUUAAUUCUUAUUGUUGGGAUUGUUGCUGGUAUCUUAAUCAUCACUAUCAUAUCAACACUCUUUAUUUGUUUCUGUGGAUCUAAUCAUGGACAGAAGAAAGGCUCCCACAAAGAAGCUGAAAAACCAAUGCGUGUGGACACUGUUCCAGCGCAGGGAUCGUUUCCCCAUCCAACUAGUACACGGUUUCUGGCAUAUGAAGAACUGAAAGAAGCUACAAAUAACUUUGCACCAUCUAGUAUACUUGGAGAGGGCGGCUUUGGCAGAGUUUACAAGGGCGUGCUUAGUGAUGGUACUGCUGUUGCAAUAAAAAGACUUACUAGUGGAGGCCAACAAGGAGGUAAAGAGUUUCUAGUUGAGGUUGAGAUGCUUAGUAGGCUGCAUCACCGUAAUCUUGUGAAGCUUGUUGGUUACUAUAGCAGUCGGGAGUCCUCACAGAACCUACUGUGUUAUGAGCUUGUUUCAAAUGGAAGUUUAGAGGCUUGGCUUCAUGGCCACUUAGGAUUAAACUGCCCACUGGAUUGGGACACAAGAAUGAAAAUUGCGCUUGAUGCAGCGAGAGGACUUGCAUACUUGCACGAAGAUUCUCAACCUUGUGUUAUCCAUAGAGAUUUUAAGGCAUCAAAUAUAUUGCUAGAGAACAACUUUCAUGCUAAAGUUGCUGAUUUUGGCCUUGCAAAACAGGCCCCGGAAGGCCAGGCUAAUUACCUCUCAACUCGUGUUAUGGGCACAUUUGGGUAUGUAGCCCCUGAAUAUGCCAUGACUGGGCAUUUACUGGUAAAAAGUGAUGUGUACAGCUAUGGGGUUGUCCUCCUUGAACUGUUGACAGGAAAGAGGCCUGUAGAUAUGGCACAACCGUCAGGGCAGGAGAAUCUUGUCACUUGGGCCAGACCAAUACUUAGAGACAAGGAUCGUUUGGAAGAACUUGCUGAUCCAAGGCUUGAGGGGAAGUACCCAAAGGAGGAUUUUGUGCGGGUUUGCACAAUUGCAGCGGCUUGUGUUGCUCCGGAAGCUAGCCAACGGCCUACAAUGGGAGAAGUGGUUCAAUCGCUCAAAAUGGUUCAGCGAGUAACAGAGUACCAGGAUACUACUACUAUAAAUUCAGGUGCUCGACCUAACUUAAGACAGUCAUCUACAACCUUUGAAUCAGAUGGUACCUCGUCUAUGUUCUCUUCUGGUCCUUACUCUGGUUUGAGUGUCUUUGAGAAUGACGUAUCUAGGGCAGCUGUAUUCUCAGAAGAUCUUCAUGAAGGAAGAUGAACAUUGUUGGUGGAAGGCCUUCCAAUGCUCUGAUCUUUCGAUCAUAAUGCAGCAGAAGGGGGAGAAUUUGAAAGUGGGUUGGCCGAAGUGAGACAGACCCUGCACAGUGGAUCUGCCAAUGCUUUGGAGAAUCUAUUGGUUUCUUUCAUCCCCUGUAGAGAUCCCACUGUUCAAUUUUCCCUGUAUGGCCAUUCUCUACUUGUUGGAUGAGAGCCUGUAUAUAUGUAAUGGGUUGAUAUUUGAGGACAGUGGUUCAGUUGAAGUGGGAUAAAAGUUGAAUUU